UAGUGUUAGGUUGGCGUCCAUUGGCUAAAAUGAUAAUACAUUACAGCUUCUGUAAAAUGGAAAUCCUGCAUUGGCCAAUCGUUACUCUCGUUACAUAAAUAUUGGCGCAUGACUUGAAAGUGAAAGUAGACAAAAACAAGCAAGCAAGGCCAGGGAAACACUGAAAAGAGAAUCAUGUUGUACUUAGAAGAUUAUUUAGAGAUGAUAGAGAACCUGCCAAUGGAGAUGAGAGAGAGGCUUACAGAAAUGAGAGAAAUGGAUCUACAAGUUCAAAAUGCGUUAGACAAUCUUGAUGAGAGAGUAAAGAACUUUUUUAAGAAGUGCACACAGCCAAACAUGAAAGUAGAGUCAAAGGAUGAACAGUUCAAGCUGAUUAAACAGGAUUAUUAUAAAACCCUUGAAGAUGCGGAUGAGAAAGUACAGCUAGCUAAUCACAUAUAUGACCUGGUUGACAGACAUUUACGAAAACUUGACCAGGAGUUGUCUAAAUUCAAGAUGGAACUUGAGGCAGACAAUGCUGGAAUUACAGAGGUGCUAGAGAAACGAUCUCUGGAGUUGGAUAAGCCUCCAUCACUCGGCAGCAACAGAGCAGAAAAACGGAAACUCCUCCAUUCACAGUCACAGGUUACAAACCACUCUGAAAAGCGAAUGACCACGGAAAAAGUCCUGUCCACCAUCGCUAACGAAGCAGCAAGAGAGACGAUUGGUCACAGUCGCCGGCAGUCCAGUUCAGGGUCAAAUUCCCCGGCCCUGUCCAUGUUCAACUCCACCUCCACCCCUCAGUCCAUCAGCUACAGUCUGGGUAGGAAAGGUCACAUGGGAGCGGGAAGUAAUGCAGCCAUAGCAGCAGCGGCAUCCCAAGCAAUAGCAGCAACACAACAAGUGAUGGGUCAGCAGGGGCGGAGAACUCCGAGUAUGAAGGCCAGUUAUGUCGCCAUGGCAAAGGACCUGUCCAAGGAAAUCCCCAGUAUUGCCAAGGAGUACACAUAUAGUUCUCAGCCCUCUACUCCCAACCCAGUGUCAGAAAUCACGCAGAAGGUCCCAAGAUCCAAAAAAGCGACCUCCAAAGCAAACACUUUAAUCAGAGAAGCACAAAAUCAGCUGAGUGGUGCCUCCCUUCCGUCCCUCUCCCUCACACAGCCCACCACCCCCCAGACCCCCCUGUCUGUCCAGGUGGCCUCUCCUAUGGUGGAGGAUGCCUCCAAUGACCUUCAGAUAGUGGAUGAGAAUGGUCAGCCUGUGGACUGGCAGAAUGACCCCAAUGAACCCCGAUACUGUCUGUGUAACCAGGUGUCAUACGGCGACAUGGUGGGGUGUGAUAACGACGAUUGUCCAAUUGAAUGGUUUCACUAUGGUUGUGUUGGUCUCACUCAAGCCCCGAAAGGGAAAUGGUUUUGUCCGCAGUGUACGGCGGCCAUCAAGCGUCGCGGUCGGAGGAACUGACCUACGUCCAAUACUUCACAGAGACUAGUGGUGUGUGUCUGAUCAUCCUGUAUAUAAACAUGACUGUAUGCGACUUGAUUUACAUUUUUUUUUUCACAUUAGUGCUUAUGAUAUGGCAUUGCACUGAUUUGUAUGUUUGUUACUAUAUGUGCAUUCCAAUAGUACUGAAAACAAACAAAAUAAAAUUGUUAACUGUGGGUCGUUUUUGUAAUCAGAAUGAGGAAAUCCAAGAAAAUUUUCAAAAUGAAGAUGAAAUGUAUAUGUACUUAUAGAUUUCAAAAGAUUACCGUCUUUCCACCUGCCCAAAUAAACCAAGAAUUCAGUAUUCAAAUUUUUGUGAAUAACUUGCCAUAAUUGUAAGAUUUUUUUUUGUUUUUCAUUUGGUUUUCCACAGGAUCUUUGUACACAUAAAGUUUAAAUGCAUUAAAUUUAACUUAGCAAUGAUCACUGAUUUUUCUCUCAACUUGAUAGUAGUUUCUUAACAGAAGCAUGAAAACUUGGUAGUCUUGGCAUCAUUUUUGUACACAUAAAAUAUGAAAUAUUGCUCAAAAUUGUAAUGCUGCUUCCUGUAGAUUGAAAGAGUUAGUACUGUAACAGUAGAUAAGGAAAAUAAAUCACUAUCCUCUAAUACACAAUAGAAUAAUUUUUUACCAAUAAUCAGAUUUGCCAAUUUCCACAGACUAAACUUUUUUUUCUAUGUGGGAUUAAUUUACUGCUUCUCUUUGUGUAUGUGUUCAAAAAGUCGCAGCAUUAUAAACAUUAGGGACAUAUCUAGUAAUGAUAAAACAAGUGUACAUUAUUUUC